AUGGUAAAUGACAAUGAAAACAGCUCAACUCCUUUUGCCGUCAAUAUUCUGGACGGCAUUGAAAUGUUAACAACAGCAUGGGCACGAGUUACUGCAGAUACAAUAAAAAAAUGUUUUUCACAUGCUGGGUUUGGUAAAUUUUCUACCAUUAAUACAAAUGAUGAAGAUUCUGAUGAUGUAAUGGAUAACUUGCCAUUGGCAAGAUUAUCAUCAGCGGAACCAACAGUUACGGAUUGGGAAACGUAUGUGAAUAUUGAUGAUCAAGUUAUCACUACUGAUAACUUGACGGAUAAUGAAAUUAUUGAGUCUGUACUUCAAACUCAAGAACAGGAGCAUGAAGAAGAGGAUUGCAAUGUAAACGAGAUUCCAACAAUUAGAGAUGCAUUAUGUGCUAUUACAACGCUCAAAAAGUACUGUUUAUUUGGAGAAGCCAGUAAUAAUUAA